CCCGUCACACUCGGUGUCAAAGACCUCUGCAUGUCGUUUCAAUCGCCGCCCUACGGGCCAUAAAAAGGUGCAAAGAUCAGAACCACGUGGAGAGCAACUACAAGGCUGAUAGUAGAGCAGCGGCGCUGCAGUCCUCUCCACCAGCAGCUGCAGAGCCGCACCACCUCCGACCACAGCUGUGAGGACGCCACCAUGGAGGUCAAGCGCAUCAAGAGUAUCCUGAAAACCACUAAAAGAGUGGACGCGCUGAAGCUGGGUGAGAACGCCACCCGCAGCAGCUCCAUCGGCGCCGUACGCUGGACGCUGCCCGAGGAGGACGUCCAGAUUCACAGCUCGGCCCCCAGCAGGGCCACCAACAACCUCGCCAAGCGCUCGCAGCAGCAUCCUCGUCAGGUCGGCCUGAAGGAUCUGCGCAGCCUGCAGGAGUGCGUGCAGUUCAUCCAUCACUGGAAGAAGCAAGUGGAUCAAGUCUGCAAGAGCGGCGACGACCCGGAUGAGGGGCCCAGCGGCAAAGAACCCCAGAGAUCAGACAGCCGCUCCGAGCGCAGUCUGGAGGAGAGCCGGAUCUUGAUCCUGGAGUGGGCCGACGAGCUCCACCACGUCGACGAGUUCCUGAGGGAGAAGCCGCGAUCAUCAGAGAGUAAAGAGAAGGAAAAUAAAGAGGACGACGACAACGAGGAGGCCGAGCAGAGGAUCAUGGAUUGGGCAAAGGAGCUGCAAAAGGCCACGGAGAGCUGCGGCGUGGAGAGCGACGAGCUGGGAAAAGUGCUGCGUCAGCUCGGCCUGAAGAAGAAACGGCUGGUGAACCUGCUGCCUCUGCUGGAGUUCAUCACCUGGUCGCUGCUCGAAGAAGACAGCACGAAAAUGGUUCCACAGUUGUGGCUGCUGGCGAAGCAAAGGACCUGGACAGCAGGAACCCCAAGAUACAUCCCCAACUCAGUGUGGAGUUGGAUUCGCAGUGCAGCGGCUGACGUGGUUCUGGACCCGCUGACUAACCACCCCUGGCUCCAGCUGUCGGAGGACCAGCGCGGGGUCCAGGAGGGCCCCUCGAAGGCGGAACUGCCCCCGGGCCCGCAGCGCUUCGACGGCUGGCCCUGCGCGCUGGGCUGGGAGGGCUACGGCGGCGGGCGCCACUUCUGGGAGGUGGACGUCGCCAAAAACGGCUACUGGCGCGUGGGUCUGACCACCGCCGGCUCCAAGCGCCACGGCCGCUUCCCCAUGACCCCCGAGCAGGGCUACUGGGUCUUGUGGCGCAGCGCCAACCAUUUUUACGCGUGCGCCAAGCCGGAGGCGCAGCUGCCCGUCGCCAUGGCGCCUCGGCGCAUGGGCAUCUACUUGGACUACGCAGAGGGGCAGAUCUCCUUCUACAACGCGGAGACAAAGUCCCACAUCUACACCUUCACCGGGAACUUCAGGGGGAAGCUGUACCCGGUCUUCGCCCCGCUGGACGGUCGCACGCGGCUGGUCAUCCAGAAGAUGGACAAUGGCGAGGAUUGACAAUUCUUACGGGACGCUUUUUUUUUUGUUUUUAUUUAUUAAAGCAGUGGCAUUAGAAAAAAAAGCCAAUGCGUUUCACAUUAAUUUUUCUUGCCUAAAUAUUAUUGUAAAUAUGUCGGUUUCUGUGUUUUGUGUUUCAGAUGAAGAUCUGACAGUUAACUAAUUUUUUUUUUGAAAGAGCACUUUUUCUACAACAUUCAUAUUUAUGUGUAGACGUGACAUUCUGCCUGUAUUUAUGGACGCACUUUAUAAUGCCCUUUCAGAUAUGAACAUUAUGUGUUUUAUUUUGUUAUCAGUUUCAUUUAUUUUACACCGAGCAUCUGGAUGAGAAUGAAUGGAUCUUCUCCUACUCACCAAAUAUUACCAAACACAAAAUGCUAUAUCAUAACCAGUAUUGUUGCCGUAGCAACCGCCACUCAAAUAGUCAGCUGACAGGUUCCACAGCAUCUUGCAUCCGUGGAAAUAGUUUGAAAAAGUGAUUUUUGAAAUUAGGAUUUCUUUAUCAACGGUUCACGUACGCGGUUUCACCUUUGGUCCUCUGACAACCAUCAAGAUAAAACAGCGACACUUAAACACGUGACGGACAACUCAGACUUUGAAACCAACAAAAACCUCGGCAGCUCGGCUUGUUAUUGUUGGGCCCGUAUGCGACAUGUCGAGCUACACGCAGAGGAUGCAACGCAAACGAGGCCGUGCUUUCCGCUUACUUUGCUGAUGAGUCUUUUUGUAAAGCUCCGUCUUUGGAUUUCACUCAAACGCUUUGUGUAAAACUCAAACCUGAAGCUCAACAGCUUUGUCGCUGUGUUCAUCCGUUUCUUUAAAUAAACUUUCUGCUGCUUAUCUAC